CUUGUAGUGGAUAUCCCGCCGCCAUCUCUGCCACCAUUACUGCGGCCCGAAGACGAGGAGACCACCAGAUCAUUGCCCAGCUCAACGGAAAUAAGUGAGUCGGAGGCGCGUCAGGCGCUCGUCAAGUAUAUAUCCACCCGAUGUUGUUAUGGCAAAGGAGUCGCCAAAGACAUGUCAAUCAUCAAAAUAGAGCACAUGUGCGCCUUUCAUUUAACAAAUGGCAUCACUUACCGCACGGCCGGAAUCACUUGA